AUAACUUGAAACCAAUCCCCUUUGAGAAGUCGACAUGUGUUGCGCGUGCGACUAUAUUUAGUUGUUGUCAUGUGGAGCGCAGGUCAGCUGUGAUCCCGCAGCAGGACACGCCUCUGGACCGAAUGGAGCGUGCGCGGUGCGUAAAGUCCGAGCUGCAGCGGAGCGCAACUUCUUUUGACCUAAUUUCACGGUUUUUGAUGAGAAGAGCUCAUCGACAUCGUUGAUUCGUGUUUAGUCGAGUAAAUGCAGCGAUGAUGCGAGAGGAAGAUCUGAUUCGGAUUGCUAAAAAUCUGGACAAGAUGGUGUCCCGAAAUAACACGGAGGACGCCAUGGACCUGCUGAGGGAACUGAGAGGUUUCAAUAUGACUCUCAAACUUCUCCAGGACACGAGAAUCGGCAUGUCUGUGAACGGCAUCAGGAAGCACUCCACGGACGAGGAAGUUAUUGCCCUGGCGAAGCUCCUCAUUAAGGAUUGGAAAAGACUUCGGGGCUCUGAGAAACCAGCUGACGUGAACAACGGUUUGGAAGCGGCAGUGUCUCCAAACAGCUUCCCCUCUGAGACACAUGGCAGGCUCUUAAAGAACAGAGGUAAAGGUGAUACUUCCUUUGUUUCUGUCAGUCACAGAAGACUUGAUGUCAAACCCAAACACGACUCAGAUCUCGACAAGAAACCCCCCGACAAAACCAGAAAAGAAAAACAUAGUGAAGAACACAAAGAUGAUAAAAAGCAUCCGGAGGAGCCCCAAAAUGAGAAACAUCCCCAAGAAAUCAGAAAAGAGAAGCAUUUAGAAAAACAAGGCGACGCGGAGGAUACUCCACUGCUGAUGGAUAACAAGAAACAGAAGCAUCGGCGAGACCUGCAGAGCGAGAGAUUCAAGCCAGAACCAGAGAGAGAAGGGUCGUCGGGAGAACCAAAGAAGAGACACAUGGAAGAAGUCAAAAGGGAAAAACGCCCUGGGGAGCCCAAGAGGCACAGCUACGCAGAUGACAUGAAGAAGGACAAACACCGAGAGGAAAACCGGCAUCGGAGGCCGAUAAGCUCCCCACAAUGGGAGAGAACGCCGAGUGAGCCCCAGAGAGAGAAACCCGCUGGUCUCAAACCAAUAUUUGAAAGGAGGGGAGUGAUGGACGGCACUGUGCUUUACCCCACGCGCUUCCCCUCUCCCCCUCGACCUGCUCGGCCUCCUCUCCCCAUCAAGCGUCCCUCUGUGGACCUGAACAAAGACAGGAAGGACAGCAAGGACUCUUCCUCCCGACAUCCUCGUCCUCUUGUUCCUCCGCCGGCCAAGCGACCUUCACUGGAAGUAAAGAAAGAGAGGAAAGCUCCACCGGACCCAAAAGCUCCAAUUGCUCCUCUUCCUCUUCACCUUCAUCCUCCUGCACCCAGAAAAGAGCCUCGUGACCCAAACGCUCCUCUUCCUCCACUUCCUCUUCACCUUCACCCCCCACCACCUCCUCCCCUGAAGCGUCCCUCACUGGAAGGGAAAAAGGAUAGCAGGAAGGAGUCGUCCGACUCUAAAGCUCCUCCACAGAAGAAGACGCCAGAUCCCGUGAAGAGAGACAGGAAAGACUCAUCGGAUAGCAAAGUGCCUAAAAAACACUCGGAGGAAGUCAAGAGUGAAAGGAAGGAUUCAUCUGACUCUAAACCGCCACUUCUCAAAAAGCCCAGUUUGGAUGUCAAAAAGGAAAAACACAGGAAGGAGUCCUGCGACUCCAAGCCUUGUCAGCCUGUGAAACGUCAAUCAACUGACUCCAAACCUGACAGACGGGAAUCCACUGAUUCAAAGAAAAGCAGCUCCCCACCAGCAAAGAAGCUGACAGUUGAAAGAAGAGAGUCUCAAGGUUCGAAGACCUCUCAGGCUGGACCUCCACUGAGGAAGCCCUCUGCUGACACCAUUGAAAGGAAGAGCAAAACCGAUACCCCUAAAACUCCCACCACCCCGACCAGCCCCAUGUCACCCAGCUUCAGUUCUGCCGGGGGCCCGCUGCCUCCUCACCUCGCUACGGGGGACUCCGUCAGAGACAAGUGCAUCGACAUGCUGGCGGCCGCCCUGCGCACGGCAGACGACUUCAAGGAUUUCAGAACCGACUGUGACAGCACGGCUGCAGAGAUUGAAGAUCAUAUCUACCAGGAGACAAAGGCCGUGGAUAUGAAAUAUAAAAACCGAGUCCGCAGCCGCAUCAGCAACCUGAAGGACCCGAAGAACCCCGGGCUUCGCAGAAACGUCCUCGCAGGAAAUAUUGACUUGAGGCGCAUUGCCACCAUGUCUGCUGAGGAGAUGGCCAGCGAUGAGCUGAAACAGCUGAGGAACGUUCUCACCCAGGAGGCCAUACGGGAGCACCAAAUGGCCAAAACUGGUGGCACCAGCACCGACCUGCUGCAGUGCGAUAAUUGCAGGAAGAGCAACUGCACUUACAACCAGGUGCAGACACGCAGUGCUGAUGAGCCAAUGACCACAUUUGUUCUGUGCAAUGAGUGUGGUUACCGCUGGAAGUUCUGCUGAUGUCUUCCAGAUGAAUCCAAUUUUUUCUUUCUGAGCAUUUCAAACUGCACUAUUUUCUAUAAUGGGGAGUUUUACAUUAUUGCAGCUUGUGGUUUUAACAGAUAAUUGUGUUCCAAUAAUUUUUACUUGAAUUUUUUUAGAUUUGUAAGCAUGUGCUAAUAAUCUGGGUUUGUUUUAUGUGAAGACUGAACACCAGUUUGAUGACCAUGGUGCUGUCAUGAUUGAAAAAGUAUCCAGUUAAUAUGCUAUCUAUUUAAAUGCAUAAUUCAUCUGUAUGAUGGCUUUUAAACGUGCAUUUAAUUAAAUAAAUGGACGAUCAGUCUUACUCAUU